AUGUCUCUGGAUCUGGAAAGGCACUUGACGUUUUAUGGCGCCUAUCACCAUAACCCCGUCAAUGUGGCCAUUCACAUGAUCUGCGUGCCUCUGCUGCUGGUAUCGGGAUUUGCCUUGGCCACGUUUACGGGCACGCUCAUUCACACGCCCGGCUGGCUGACCGUCCCGUACUUGGAUCUCAAUCUCGGUACCAUCGCCGCUUUCCUCUAUGCAUCGCUCUAUCUGUUGUUAGAGCCAGUAGCAGGCUUUGUAUUGGCUGCCUUUUGUCUCGGUAGCACGGCCUUUGUCAACUCGUGCCACCUCCGUGAUCCCACCACAACCUUCCAGGUCGCCCUUGGUGUUCAUAUCGUUUCCUGGAUCGCACAGUUCAUCGGUCAUGGCGUCUUCGAGGGCCGCGCCCCUGCCUUGUUGGACAAUCUCAUCCAGGCCAUCUUCCUCGCCCCCAUGUUUGUCUGGCUCGAGACGCUUUUCAAGCUCGGAUACCGACGAGAACUCCAGGCCCGAGUUGAGAAGUCCGUGUCGAAGGAGAUUGCCAAGUUCCAAGCCACGUCUAAGAACGGCAAGGCCAACUAA